CGAAUCCAUGUUUCACAGGAUCGGCACGAGAUAUUUUUAUCAUUUGCUGAAUAUGAUGAUAAGUAUCUUUCGUAUCUCAAGAAUGAAGCAUCUAAUGAUAAAGCGUCAAAGAGUCAAACGUCUUCGAACCCGGCGCCUGAGACUGGAGCCCUAUCCUUCCUCACCAUGCACCAGUAUAGUCCUUGGAAUACGCAACAGCGAUCGCACAUGGAGAAAUUGGGUCCUAUACUUCUUGCCAUAACACUUUAUGCUGAAGGUGAAAUCCAAGCAAAACAGAAAUCACAAUGCAAGUGA